AAUACAGGCCUUUAAUUCUGUAGGUGUAAGUAAUCUUCAAGAGAGAAGCGAGCUUUUGGAAAGGGGCAGUAGGGGUAAGACUCUCCCCACCAGGUUAAGAUCCCUGUCUGGAUCUAACUAUAGUUACACAGAGACAUCUGCUUCACUGGGGCCCAAAAGUGGCCAAAGUAUAAUGGAGCGGAUAGAGAAACUCUUUGGACCUACUGGUUUUGGUAAAACGGAUGACUACAAAAAUAGGGAUUCCUCUAACAACUCUGAAUCAUCAACAGAAUCCCUCAUUUCACAGCAGCAAAAGCCUCAUGAGAAGACAGCAGGGGGCACCUUCCCUAUGAGUUUCUUCUCGAAGGAGAGCGAUAGUGCAGUGAAAAGUGGACUUUCACUCUGGACACAAAAAGAUGCCAAUGCCUCAGGGUUUGAGACUUCAUUUUCAUCUGGGGCAAGCAUAAGAGAUAGCUCACCAGGAGGGUGGAUGCAGGGAAGGUAUUCAGAGGAAAGUGGAGUUAAUUGGGGCAAGGGUUUUAUGGAAACAGGUACAAGGUCCCUGGAUAGAGCCAGGAGUAGGUCCAGUAUAGCUGCACAGAUUAGAUCUGCAAGGGCAAACGCACAGCCACAAACUUUGUUAGAAGAGACACCAGAUUCUUUCAGAGAGUCGUCUGAAUUCAGAGACAAAAGCAAAGACGAUAGCUCUGCAAACAACGGAGAGGAAAACAGAAAAACUAAUGUAAUAAGAGGGAUGUUGAGAGACAGGACUAGAAGUGUUGAUGGACCAGAUCAAAUAACAGAAUUGAAGGGUGGCAAUGCUUAUGAGGAUGUAUUUGAGACAAAUCCACAGAAAACCAAUGUGAAAACAGCAGAGAGAAAGAAGGCUCUGUCUGUCUCCUCAGCAGCCAGUGUUAGAAAGAAGAUCAACCAGUUUGAGGCUCUGACACAGCGAACUCAGAGUUUUGCAACAGGCCAAGUCCAAAUACCCAGACGUACCUUUUCUGUACCAGCACAAGCCAGCAGGGGACAUGAAGGAGUGAAGAAGAGCGGGUCUGCAAAAGAAAUAAAUGAGCUAAGGAAAAAGUGGGCAGGACUCCAAGAAGAAGGGGAGGCACAAGAUAAAAGUGAAGACAAAAAGAUGGGAACAGUAAACAAGGUUUGGCCUGACAGAAAUUUAUCAGUGGAUGAAAUUGGACUAAGAAUAAAGAAGGAACAGACAGGACUAAAUGACUUGGAUCAGAAAAGAAAAAUAGACUCUACUGACGAUUUAAAAUUUUCCGGACUCAAGACUACCCAAGAAAUGCCUCACGAAAGUGACAGAGCUGUAAGUGGAAAGCUUGGCACAGACGAGAUAGAUUUCUCCAAAGCCUCAAGCCCUGAAGAGGCAAGUGAGAGAGACGUGACAGGCAGCAGUACACCAACCCCACUACCACCCUGUGACCCUUCACACAAGGAAAGGUCACACUCUGAUAUUACUUCACCAGUUAGCGAUGAUGAACAGACUCCAACAAACAGCCCUAGCUAUUUACUCACUACUUCACCUGUGGCACAGCUGGGGGAUGUCACUCCCACUGCCGACAGUGACAACAAAAGCCCUCCCGUCUUCACAUGUCCAGCAAAAGAUCCAGACUCUUCUCCUCGCGCUCUUCCCACAUCUUCUAACAACAACCUUCAAGAUGUCAUCUCCCCAGACAUCCAAACAACACCCCAGAAAGGCAAGAAACGGUUAUUGGACCUGAAUGCUUGGAUAGCUGGUUUGAACCCAGAUUUGAAAGUCUUUAGUGAUGAUGAGGAUGUUGAUGAUGAUGAAAGCACCCAAAAAGAUGAUGAUUCAAACUAUGAUUCAGACUCAGGAGAGUCCUCAGUUACCAUCACCAGCAAUAUGAGUCAGUCAGAUCGCAGGAGCUUCUCUGUCACUCUUUCGGACCUGUGUAACUUUGCUGGAGCUGACUACGAUUCAGAGAAUGACAGCGAUGACUGGCAGUCAACAAACCGGCGUACCGCUUCAAUGAGCUCAGAUAUGUCAGCGUUUUCCUGUGUGUCUGUGAUGCCCGCUGAGGAGCUCGACAAGCUUGUAGAGGAAGUGAGGAACCUGGGGGACGAUGCCCUGCAGGACUAUGAUGAUGUGCAGGUAGUGGUUCUCCAUAAAGAUGUGGGAGUCGGACUAGGCUUCAGUUUGGCAGGAGGCGUGGACCAAAACAAGCCCAUCACUGUUCACAAAGUAUUUCACUCAGGUGUUGCAGCCAAGCAAGGCUCUAUAAAGGAAGGUGACCAGGUUUUAUCCAUCAAUGGCACAGCACUAUCUGGGAGUACCCACUGGGAAGCCUUGAGGGUUUUAAGAAGGGCAAAGGCGAAGGAUAUGGUAGUUGUGGUGGUGAGGAAGGGGGACAUCAUAGACAGCUCUAAGAAAGGAGAAGAGGGAAAUAGUCGGGGACAAACACCGGAACAGUAUGAGACAGGUCAAACAGUGUCUGUGCAACUGCAGAAAAACAGCCGGGAUCUGGGCUUCAGUCUGGAGGGAGGUGAAGGCUCAAGUCUGGGGAACAGACCACUCACCGUCCAGAAAAUCUUCCAAGGAGGUCCUGUUGACAUGGUAUAUCCCGGUGAUGAGGUCCUAGAAGUCCAAGGGACAAGCGUGGUGGGGAUGAGGCGCUUAGAAGCCUGGACUUUGAUCAGAACACUUCCUCCUGGGCCUGUGGAUGUGGUGCUACGUCGCUCCCAUAAGCAUCCAGAAACAUGAAGAUUAAGGAAGCAGUUUACUCCUUGUAAGAUUAAAGGGAUAGACCAAAAACAUAAACGCUAUCUAUGAGAGGCUGUAUCUCCUUCAGUGGGCAAGAACUUGAAAUCUGGACAUGAUAUAGUUAAAAAUGCGUUUAUGUACAGGCAGUAUAAUAACUAUAAUAUCCUAAAGAAAAAGAAAAAUAAGCUUGGAGACCAGGUCAAGGAUGUAUAUUUUUCUUACAUGCUCUUUUUUAACAGGAUUACAUCUACCUCAAGGCCUGGCAAACCUUUUUAUCAGCCGAAUCAUUGAGUAAUUGUGGCUCCUACAAGCAUCAAAUCAACCAACAUUUGUAACAGAUAGAUUGAUCAGUUCAAAACAGAUCAUUUGGUACCUGUAAGUGAAAAACUAUGUUGUACUAUACUGUUAAUAGUUAAUAACUUUUCCAUUGAGACUUUAUAUUUGUUUUUAAUAAAAGCUAACAAAUUGAUGUUU